UAAUGAUAAGCCUUGUAGCCCCACUAAAAUUUGGCCGGCUCUCGAAAAUUCAAGACGCAGCAGCACCGCGCCGUCUCCAGCGCGAGUACCAAAGCUUCCUGGAUCCCUUCAACUGCUGUCUCCGUGCAGCACCAUUAACGCACUAUGCCGGGACGAGCAUCCUCCCCGGCGCUGUCCGAGAACGAGGUGGACAUUGCCGGGUCCUUAUUCGCCCACGAUGCCGGCAGCGACAGCGACAGAGACAGCAACGACGACAGCGGCCCUACGCGGAGUAAGAAAGCCAAUGGCGCCGCCGUUGACCUCGAUUUUGGCGACCUUCUGAACGCGCCCGGCGCUGGCGACUCGGACGAUGGCGGCGAUGACGAAGAUUUUAUUGCAAGGCAGCAGCGGAGCUCAAACCGCAAGGCCUCGAACCUGCAGGGCAAGACGGUCAAGAAGGGCGGCGGCUUCCAGGCCAUGGGUCUCAAUGCGAAUCUCUUGCGAGCAAUCACCCGAAAAGGCUUCUCGGUCCCGACCCCCAUCCAGCGCAAGACAAUCCCCCUGAUCCUCGAAAGGCGCGACGUCGUGGGCAUGGCCCGAACGGGCUCAGGCAAGACGGCCGCCUUCGUUAUCCCCAUGAUAGAACGUUUGAAAGCGCACAGCGCACGUGUCGGCGCCAGAGCUUUGAUCCUGUCACCAUCUCGCGAGCUGGCCCUGCAGACGCUCAAGGUCGUGAAGGAGCUCGGCAAGGGAACGGACCUCAGGACGGUCCUGUUGGUCGGCGGUGAUAGUCUGGAGGAGCAGUUUGGCCUGAUGGCCGCCAACCCUGAUAUCGUUAUCGCCACACCCGGCCGGUUCCUACACUUGAAAGUGGAGAUGUCGCUGGACCUCUCGUCCAUCAAGUACGUCGUGUUCGACGAGGCUGACCGGCUUUUCGAGAUGGGCUUCGCCACCCAGCUCACCGAAAUUCUGCAUGCGCUGCCGCCAUCGAGACAGACCCUGUUAUUCUCCGCCACGCUGCCGUCGUCCUUGGUCGAGUUUGCCAGAGCGGGCCUGCAAGAACCGACUCUUGUGCGGUUAGACGCCGAGACAAAAGUCUCUCCCGACCUCGAGAGCGCCUUUUUCUCCGUCAAGGGCGCCGAAAAGGAGGGCGCCCUGCUCCACAUCCUCCACGACGUGAUCAAGAUGCCCCUGGGGCCACCAGCCGGCGCCCAGCAAGAUGAAGAACAGCAGCCGAGGAAAAGGAAGCGCGGCUCUGACAAGCCCAGUCAUACAGAGAAGCCAACCGAGCAUUCGACCAUCAUCUUCACCGCGACCAAACAUCACGUCGAGUACCUUUCCAACCUCCUACGCCACGCCGGGUUUUCUGUUUCGUAUGUUUACGGCUCGCUCGACCAAACCGCGCGCAAGAUCCAGGUCGACAACUUCAGGAGGGGAAGGUCCAACAUCUUGGUUGUCACCGAUGUCGCAGCUCGUGGUAUCGAUAUUCCCGUGCUUGCAAACGUCAUCAACUACGACUUCCCCCCUCAGCCCAAAGUCUUUGUCCACCGAGUCGGCCGAACGGCGCGUGCUGGCCAGCGCGGUUGGGCCUAUGCUCUCGUCAGAGAGUCCGACCUACCCUAUCUUCUCGAUCUUCAGCUCUUCCUCGGCAGGAAGCUGGUGCUUGGCCAAGAGACGAAGGAGCCGUCCUUUGCCCGGGAUGUCGUCGUCGGCUCCCUGAUGCGAGCUGAGCUCGAAAACAACACGGAGUGGGUGAAUAAAUUGCUCGGCGAGAACGAGGACAUGAGCGCAAUGAAGCGGGUUACGGUUAAGGCCGAGAAGCUGUACAUGAAGACCAGGAACUCGGCAUCGAGCCAGAGUGCGAAGCGCGCUCGCGAAAUCAUCGCAUCCAAAGGCUGGACUCAACUACACGCGCUGUUUGGUGAGUCAGCUGCCAACGCGGAAGAAGCCCGUGAUAGCCUGCUUUCCAAAAUCAGCAGCUUCAAGCCGCAGGAGACCAUCUUUGAGAUUGGGCCCAGGGGCAAGUCCGCUCAGAACAAGGCCGCAGAGGUCAUGCGCAGUUUCAGGGCAAAGGUUGGCCCGCGGAGAAAGACGAAGCAAGACGACGAGGACACUGAGAUGGCAGACGCCGGCGACGAGCUGCCGCCCCCGGCCAACGGACGCGGCUCCGAUGAGCAUGGCGAAGAGGAGGAAGAUCGCGGUGACGCAGGCGCCUGGGAAGACGAAGACGACGGCUCAGAGUCGGAUUCGGAACUCGAAGUUACAGUGACAAGUAGCCGCAAGUCCAAAAAGGGCCAGACCUCAUUCGAGGACCCCGAGGUCUUCAUGUCCUACACGCCGCGCACCACCAGCGCAGCCGAGGAGCGCGCGUACGGCGUGCACUCGGGCGGCUCUAAGACCUCGCACUUCGUCGAGGCGGCCCGCGACGCCGCCAUGGACCUGACCAACGACGAGGGCGCCAAGGCCUUCGGGCUGCCCACGCGGCCCAAGAUGCGCUGGGACAAGCGGCACAGCAAGUACGUGGCGCGCGCCAACGACGACGACGGCUCGCGCGGCGCCAAGAUGAUCCGCGGCGAGAGCGGCGUCAAGAUCGCCGCCUCCUUCCAGAGCGGCCGCUUCGACAAGUGGCGCCGCGCGCACCGGCUGGGCCGGCUGCCGCAGGUCGGCGAGGCCGAGCAGGCGAACCUGGUGCGCAGCUUUUCCGGCGGCGGGCCCGGCAGCGGACCCGGCAGCGCCGGCAGCGGCUUCCGGUUCAAGCACAAGCAGAUGAAGGCGCCCAAGGACGCCGACAAGUACCGCGACGACUACCACGUGCGCAAGCGGCGCGUGGCCGAGGCCCGCGAGAAGCGCAUCGGCAAGUACCGCGACGGCGAGGGCAGCCGGCGCGAGCUCAAGAGCGCCGCCGACAUCCGCAAGGCGCGCCAGCUUAAGGAGCGCCGCAAGGAGAAGAACGCGCGGCCGGCCAAGAAGGGCAAGCGGUGAAAGACUCCGCUGAUGGGUUAUUGUCGGGUCGUUAUUUUUAGUCUUGUCAUGCUCGAAUUCGACGGGAUGCAACAACCAAUGUUCCACGAAGCUGCAGAAGAUGGGUUCUGUCUCUUCUCACGCAGGCGUACUGGGCAUCAAGCCUGGUUACCGCGUGUAUUCGAUUCCAUGAGCAUAACAUGCUUGCAUACAAACAGGGACACACCCUAGUUUUUUUAAAUCCAGCCCAGCACGGGCAAGCCAAACAAACAUUACAUGCCUCCAAUUGAAGAGCCAAGCUACGGUAAAUAGAUACAAGAGGAAAAACAACCCUCUUCGCUGUCUGGGACCAGAGCGCGCAUUCAUUCCAGUGUCCCUCCGUCCCUUAACAUCCAUCCUCAGCUCUCCACCCCACCUGCCCGCCCCGACCUGCUUCUGCCAAUCCCUCCCAUCCCAUCCAAC